AUGAGCAGUUACAGGUUAUUUGAUUCUGAUAUUGCCACCUACCUUGAUGAGGGAUUAUUACCUCCUCCUAAGGUUAAACAUUCUGAGGAAUGUACUGCCAAUGAGCCUCAAAAGAAGAAGCAAAAGAUAUAUACGUUGCCCUUGAGUUGUAUAAAAUACGGCUGUUCUCUUUCUUCUUCUUCUUUAAUUUACGAUAAAUCUCAUCUGAGACUUCACUGUGGAGUUUCUUUACAGCAUACUUUACAGGAUUUUAUCACAAAAAAUGUUAUUUCUCCUCAGGUUUUCUAUGAGAUCGUUGAGUUUCAUAGACAGGCACUGUACGAGACAAUCAAUGAUAUAAGGAAGCUACAAUUCUCAAAAAAGAGAAAAUCUCCAAUAAAGAUUAAGGGUAAAAUCAUAAACUAUAAAAACGAGGACCGGAAGUGGGUCUUUUAUAUACAAUCGCCAAAGAUAACAAUAGAUAAAAUAAAAAUGACAACAAAUUCAAUGAAAAUAAAUGGGAUAAAGGAUUUUAAUUAA